AUGUCAAUUGUAAUAGCUGAUUAUUUAAGAGCACAUUUUACCCGUGAAGCUGAAGAACGCCUGAAUAAUAUUAUCCCAACAAAAAUACGUGAAUUAGAUGACUUAUUAAAAGAUCCAAUGUUUGAUUUAAGUACAGGUUUAAAACGUAUACGUUUAUGUACAGAUGAUACAAUUGCAAAACUUACUAUUAAAUUAAAUAAUAAUACAAAUGAUUCGAUUAAAUCUCCUAUACAAUUUUCUAUUAUUAGUAAUGAAUUAAUGGAAAAUAUAUAUUUCGUGGUUAGACCAUUUAUAUUAAAUUUAAUUGAUGAUUCACAAAUUUUACGUAUGUGGUUACAAAUGAAUAUACCUAAAAUAGAAGAUGGUAAUAAUUUUGGUGUAUCUGUUCAAGAAGAAGUGCUGCUUGAAACAAAUAAAGCUGAAAUUGAUGCAAACGCAAUGCUUGAUUUCUACGGGGAUUAUUUAAUGUAUCGGGCGAAAAUUGCUAGUAAAGUAUGCAAAUGGCCAACAAUAAUUGAUUAUCAUAAAGCUUUAAGUGAUGCUGACGAAGGAGCAUUUAUACGAUUAAGAAUAAAUGUUAGAGAUAUACGUAAUUAUUAUGGAAGAUUAUAUGAUAUUUAUCAAAAGAAUGGUGCUAAAAUACGUGCACCUAGAAAUGAAAGUCCAGGACAAAUUAAUAUUAUGUAUUAG